AACUAGGAUAUUCUCCUUUGAAUUUACAGAUGUUUGCUAUUGAGAUUAGAGCAGCAUCUCCUGGUUCAAAUGCAUCCAAUGAUGAAUUUAGACCACUUUCACCAGACUCACCCAUUCCUGAAUUCAUACCAGCACUACACGAGUUUACCGUAUCACAUAUGGACUUGAGGUCUUGUUCCACUGAUUCAGUGUUGUCCGAUAUUGAAAAGGGAAUUGAGUUAUGUUACCAAAUGUUCAUAGAAGAUCGAUCUUCUCCUGAGUCCUUGACAUCCCUGACUAAAGACAGAAGACUUUCUCCUGAUUCCCCUGUACCUGACUUCAGUCAGGCUUUGCCAGAGACUGAUCUUGAGUUUAAUGCUUACAGGACAUGGACUCCUGAAUCUGAUGCUUCAGAACUAGGAUAUUCUCCUUUGAAUUUACAGAUGUUUGAUUGUGAGAUUAGAGCAGCAUCUCCUGAUUCAAAUGCAUCCAAUGAUGGAUUUAGACCUCUUUCACCAGACUCACCCAUUCCUGAAUUUACACAAGCACUACAAGAGUCCUGCGUUUCACUUAUGGACUUGAGGACUUGUUCAUCUGAGUCAGUGUUGUACGACUUUGACGAGGAAAUUGAGUUAUGUUACCCAAUGUCCAUUGAAGAUCGAUCUUCUCCUGAGUCCUUGACAUCUCUGACUAAAGACAGAAGACUUUCUCCUGAUUCCCCUCUACCUGACUUCAGUCAGGCUUUGCCAGAGACUGAUCCCAAGUUUAAUACUUACAGGACAAGGUCAGAGGCUUCAAAACUAGGAUAUUCUCCUUCGACUUUAAAGAUGUUUGAUUUCGAGAAAAGAAGUGCAUCUCCUUGUUCAAGUGUAUCCAACGAUGAAUUUAGACCUCUUUCAUCAGACUCCCCCAUUCCUGAAUUCAUACCGGUACUACAAGAGUUUACCGUAUCAUAUAUGGACUUCAGGACUUUUUCCACUGAAUCAGUGUUGUCCGACAUUGACGAUGAAAUUGAGUUAUGUUACCCAUUGUUCAUAGAAAAUCGAUCUUCUCCUGAGUCUUUGACAUCUCUGACUAAAGACAGAAGACUUUCUCCUGAUUCCCCUGUACCUGACUUCAGUCAGGCUUUGCCAGAGACUGAUCCUGAGUUUAAUACUUACAGGAAAUGGUCUCCUGAAUCUGAUGCUUCAGAACUAAGAUAUUCUCCUUUGAAAUUACAGAUUUUUGAUUUUGAGAACAGAGCAGCAUCUCCCGGUUCAAGUGCAUCCAACGAUGGAUUUAGACCUCUUUCACCAGACUCACCUAUUCCUGAAUUUACACAAGCACUACAAGAGUCCUGCGUUUCACUUAUGGACUUGAGGACUUGUUCACCUGAGUCAGUGUUGUCCGACUUUGACUCGGAAAUUGAGUUAUGUUACCCAAUGUCCUUUGAAGAUCGAUCUUCUCCUGAAUCGUUGACAUCUCUGACUAAAGACAGAAGACUUUCUCCUGAUUCCCCUCUACCUGACUUCAGUCAGGCUUUGCCAGAGAGUGAUCCCAAGUUUAAUACUUACAGGACAAGGUCAGAGGCUUCAAAACUAGGAUAUUCUCCUUCGACUUUAAAGAUGUUUGAUUUCGAGAAAAGAAGUGCAUCUCCUUGUUCAAGUGUAUCCAACGAUGAAUUUAGACCUCUUUCAUCAGACUCCCCCAUUCCUGAAUUCAUACCGGUACUACAAGAGUUUACCGUAUCAUAUAUGGACUUAAGGACUUUUUCCACUGAAUCAGUGUUGUCCGACAUUGACGAUGAAAUUGAGUUAUGUUACCCAUUGUUCAUAGAAAAUCGAUCUUCUCCUGAGUCUUUGACAUCUCUGACUAAAGACAGAAGACUUUCUCCUGAUUCCCCUGUACCUGACUUCUGUCAGGCUUUGCCAGAGACUGAUCCUGAGUUUAAUGCUUACAGGACAUGGACUCCUGAAUCUGAGGCUUCAGAACUAGGAUAUUCUCCUUUGAAUUUACAGAUGUUUGAUUGUGAGAUUAGAGCAGCAUCUCCUGGUUCAAAUGCAUCCAACGAUGAAUUUAGACCUCUUUUGCCAGACUCACCCAUUCCUGAAUUGACACAGACACUACAAGAGUCUACUGAAGCAACCAUCAAUAGCACUGUUUUAUUAACAACAAAGUCUCCUAUCUUUGCUGAAAAAUCAGCGGUCAUCUUAGCUCAGUACAAUGUUAUUCAUGAUGCAGAGCUAUGGAAGCUAAUUUCUCAAGUACAUGAUCCUCAGUAUGCGGGAGACACUUUCAGCACUAAAACAGGGUUUAUGCAAUUAAUUGCCAAUACAAUAGAACAUGAGAGGAUUGUUCAAGAUGAUGAUCAAGAUACUAAAGUAAAAAAUAAAAAUGAGCUUGAUGUCACUGGUAGAGUACUACCUUUAGAGGAAGCAUAUCACUUCACUUCAACAGAUUCAACCACAGCCGAGGAUGGUUAUCUUUGCACUUCAAAUGUAAAAGUAAUAUCUGAAGAACCUGAUUCAGAGUUACCAUUGCCAAUGAUUGAACACAUUGGGUGUUCUGGGGCAGCGCUAUAUAGACAGACUCUGUAUACAUUUGAAAUAACUGUCCCAGAGGCGCAAACUGAGUCAGAUGCUGGUUGGGUGGUAGCUGACACAGAGGAUGAUGAUCUACGCAAUUCACCAGAAUUGUUGACAGACUUUAAACCCAUGUCCUCCACUGCAGUCAUGGUUAUGGAAUCGAGAGCAUCAUCACCAGAAACUGUUACAUCAGAUGGUGAGUUUAGACCACUUUCCCCAAAUUCCCCCAUACCUGACUUUACAAAAGCAAUGCUAGAGUGUGUAUCGUUCCUGAGAUCGGCAUCAUAUUCACCUGAAACUUUACUUUCAGAUAUAGAUUAUGUGGCAUUUGGAAAUUUGGAAUCUCAGUUUGCAGAAUGCAUGCCAUCAUUGCCAGUAUGUGUACUGUCAGAGUAUGAGAAUAAGAGAGAAAGGGUGUUGUCUUCUCAGCCACUGCCUGAAUACAGACCAAUGUCGCUUGAAUCAGCUAUACAAAUGGAUGACAAAAGAGCAUUGUCUCCAGAAUCAAUGCCUGAGUUUAAUGAGAAUAUGUCACUUUCUCCAGACUCUCCCAUCCCUCAGUUUACAGUAUCAUUGGAGUACACGCCUACAUAUACCUGUAGGUCAUCAUCACCUCAAUCAAUAAUUUCAGAUUCAGAGUGGGAGUAUAUGGUCACAUCAUCAAGAGACACUGAAACUGACAGACCAUCUUCAUGUGAAUCUAUUUCAUCUGUCAAUGAGUUCAGUCAACUAUUGCCUGACUCACCAGUACCAGAUUUUAUGAAAAUAUUGUCCUCUUAUUUUAUGGAUGGUCAUAGAUCAUCGUCACCAGUGUCUCUGUCAUCAGACUCUGAGUUUGUUGCUCUACCUAUUGAUUGUUGGAUUGAUGAUAGCUCAAGGCCACUGAGCCCUGAAACUGUCGAGUCAGAGAAGGAAUUAGGCUUUUAUUGUGAAGGUACUGAACUUUUGAGUUAUGUGACAUCUCCUUUAUUACCUGGUCAGUCUUUGUCAUUACCCAACAAAGGGCCAUUGGCUGAGUCAUCAUUAUUAAUUCAAACUAGUGAGACAAAGUCUAAGAAAGUACAUGUUAAUCCUGAUUGUCAAGAAAUGACAGGACUACAAUCAGAAGUUUUAUCAUACGAAUCGAUGCAGCGUGAAGCUGAAAGGAUCUCAACUCUACAAACAACGGUUUGUGAGGAAGACUUUCAGAAAGACUUUCUUGUGAAACCAUCACCAGUUCAAGAUGCAAAAAGAAAGGUGACAAAGAUCCCACACAUGAAUUCUGGAGAAUUAAAGAAGACGACAGUCUCACAAAGGGCUCCUGCUCAGACUUCAGAGGAAACACAGUUUCAAACAGACAUUGAGUUGUAUGACCCAAACUCAGACACAACCCACAGAGCUGUGACUCCAAAUCUACCUGCGUCUGAAAAUAUAUCAUGUUUAAUGUUGGGCUUAUCACAAGGGCACCCAGAGAGAGAGUUCUCCUCUAAUAAAGCACAGCCCAGUGAGCUUUUCUCCCCCAUAUCAACUCAGUUUUUGGCACCACCAGAUGAUGAAGCCAUAUUUUUAGGACGCCAAACCCUGAGAGUUUCUCAAUACAGCAAAGCCUCUUUUAAUGAUUUGAGUCCAGAGUCUUCAGUGUUCAGUGGCUCAAUGUCAGCUCAGGAUGUGACUGAAGCCACCGCCAAGAGAGAGUAUGAAAAUGCUGAAGAUUUAGAAUUGUCACCAGACUUUACACUCUCCAAAUUUGAGAAAACCGUCUCUGAAUUUGAAUGCGAGGAUCCAGAAAUCCAACCAAAAGAACUCAGUAGAAGAUUGGAAUCUCCAGAGCACUCGGACUCAGAUGUGGAGUUCUUCGAGUGCAGCCAAGACGUCUCUCACUUCACUGAACCAGAAGAAGUGAAACUGGAACAUGGGAUUACCUAUCAUAUUUCUGAACCCCCGUCCCCAAUGCCUGGGAGUAGCCCUGACGAUGUCUUCCUGAAAGAAAACCUUCAGUACACUGCUCAUCCUUUCCUCCAAGUGCACGAUUACAAUCGCUUCUCAUCUAGCAGUGAAAGUCUCAGUGCAUUUGCUUGUAAUUCGGAGGAGUCACAGGAGGGCAACCUCCCCUUGUGUGAGGAGCUGCCGUCACGAGAUCAGGCAGGGUUUUACGAUGAUGAUGAUGACUUCCUGGUCAGGGUAAGGGAAGGUUGAGCAUGAGCAGAGUGCUGCACUGACUUUUUGUUCAAGCCUGGCCAGAUGUGUUGCUGUGGGCGUGCGUUUAAGACUCAGAAGAUAAACUUCACUUUAAAGAGGUUGACGAGUGCUUUUGAGUGCAUGGGUGACUAAAGGUUCAAGGAAAUAACACAUUAACAAUGUGAUGUCAUCAGUAGGUGAAAAUGCGGUUGCCAUUGUGGGUGUGAUGCAUUUGCAGUUCCUCAUUUUCAAGUCCGCAUUGGUGACAUUUACAAGCUGGUGUGCAGAACUAAUGUUCUUCUAUAUAAUUCUUUGUUCACACUUGCCCCCGUUUGCAUCCUUUGAUUCGUCCUUGUUGUACGGAUCAGUGUGCAAAGUAUACUUCAUGUAAGGAAAAUAACAGUAUAUUUUGAUAGGGCAUGUCUCCCUAUGGUCUGUCCCCAUGUUAUUGAGUCUAUGGGGCAUGCUGACGUUGCACUUGUGAAGUCCAUUGGAGAGAUUUGGGGGAACAAAGAACUCAAACCAAACAAAGGAUGCCUCCUACAGCUUUGUAAAUCAUGUUUACACAUGGGAAGUAAACACAGAAAGUAGGGAUAAUCAUGUGGUCUAACUGCAUACGGUUUUACAUUCGGGGACAUUUUUGUGCCUCCUGUCCAGAGUUGUGCAAAGCUGUGAGCUGGACCCGAUCCGUUACCCUCAAUUAUCUCUAAACAUAUUCCAACAUGCAACCUGACCCACAAACAGAUAUACCGCACUAUAAAAGCUGGGCAGUACAGACAAAAGCUAGAGGGUUGGAAGAUGGCCUGUGGAUUGCACAGGCUAAAAUCAAUUAUGCUGUGUCUCAGUGUAAAAGCAUUACAUUUAGUUUUCUGAAGGAUAUUUGGUACCAGGAUCCUUGUUGUCCCUGUGCUGCUCAUAAUUUAUGAAAGUUUCAACAGAUCAAGAUGAAAUAAUGAUCACUUAAUUUGAAUGUGUAUCUGAGACAUCCUGUAUCAUGCACGGUGUUUCCCAUCCUUCCACGUUUAUUUAAUUUGUAUGUUUUUUGUAUAAUUGUUCCUUCUCUUCAUCUCACAUCACUAUUGUGUACAGUCUUUUAUGUUUACUUUUCCAUGUGUCUGUGGCACAUGAACCAUAAAGAGUGAGUAUCAGAGAAGAGAAGGGACAGCUGCUUGUAACUGUGUAGACCUGAUGCUGGUUGUGUGCGCUCUCCCAGGAGAUAACAGAGGAGCUAGGGUUGCUGUCUUCUGAUAGCUCAGAGGAGGAGGUGCUGACUACCAGGGUGGUCCGACG